AUGAGUUGGAGUUUUCUGACCCGUCUGCUAGAGGAGAUCCACAACCACUCCACCUUUGUGGGGAAGAUCUGGCUGACGGUGCUGAUCGUGUUCCGGAUCGUCCUGACGGCGGUGGGGGGAGAGUCCAUUUACUAUGACGAGCAGAGCAAGUUCGUGUGCAACACGGAGCAGCCGGGCUGCGAGAACGUUUGCUACGACGCCUUCGCCCCGCUCUCCCACGUCAGGUUUUGGGUCUUCCAGAUCAUCCUGGUGGCCACUCCAUCCGUCAUGUACCUGGGCUACGCCAUCCACAAAAUCGCCCGGAUGGUGGAGCACAGCGAGGCCGACAGAAGGGUCAGAAGCAAAAGCUUUUCCAUGCGCUGGAAACAGCACCGUGGCUUGGAGGAGACCGAGGAGGACCACGAGGAGGACCCCAUGAUGUACCCAGAGGUGGAGCUGGAGAGCGAGAGGGAGAACAAGGAGCAGCAGCCUCCUGCCAAAGCCAAGCACGACGGCAGGCGGCGGAUCCGGGAGGAUGGGCUGAUGAAGAUCUAUGUCCUGCAGCUGCUGGCCAGGACCACCUUUGAAAUUGCCUUCCUGGUGGGUCAGUACCUCCUGUACGGCUUCGAGGUGAGCCCCAGCUUCGUGUGCAGCAGGAAGCCCUGCCCCCACAAAAUAGAUUGUUUCAUUUCAAGGCCAACUGAAAAGACCAUUUUCCUGCUGAUAAUGUACGGGGUGAGCUGCAUGUGUUUGCUUUUGAAUGUCUGGGAGAUGCUCCACUUGGGAUUUGGCACAAUCCGGGACACGUUGAACAACAAGAGGAAGGAGCUGGAAGAUUCUGGUACCUACAACUACCCUUUCACUUGGAACACUCCAUCUGCUCCUCCGGGCUACAACAUCGCAGUCAAACCAGAACAAAUGCAAUAUACUGAACUGUCCAAUGCCAAAAUGGCCUACAAACAGAACAAAGCCAACAUAGCUCAGGAACAGCAGUAUGGAAGCAAUGAGGAGAACAUUCCUGCCGACCUGGAAAAUCUGCAGAGGGAAAUUAAAGUGGCUCAGGAGCGCCUGGAUCUCGCCAUCCAGGCCUACAACAACCAAAACAACCCCAGCAGUUCCAGAGAGAAGAAAUCCAAAGCAGGCUCAAACAAAAGCAGUGCCAGCAGCAAGUCAGGGGAUGGGAAGAACUCUGUCUGGAUUUGAUGUUGGUUGAGUUGAUGAUACCUUGUGUUUUUUCUCCUAGUUUAUCAUAACCAGCAACCCCUUCAAUAAUGGCUUCCAUGGAGUAAAUAUUUGACUCUGCUUGUUUUCAGGGAUACCUUUGGCUAGUGAUUCAGCCUCUCAGAAAAGGUUUAUAUGCAUAUUCUAGGAUAAUAGGACUUUAUU